AUGGAAGAGGCUGUAGACUCAGUCACUCCAGGCUCGCUCAACAGCGCCCACGGAGAUGUGGCUCCGGUCCUUUCCGUGCGGAAUGAAGAAUCCGAGGAGGAGCCAACGAGGUUCCUCAGCAUGGAGCGGAACCAGGUGGCAGUCGCGGGACCAGGCGUGGCGGACCGACUCGUCACCAUCCAGGCCGGCCCGCUGGUGCGCACCGAGGGCUCCCACGCCACCAUCUGGUGCAACGUGACCGGCUACCGGGGCGCAGUGGUGCAGGAUUUCGAGUGGUCCUUGUACCUGGCGUCGGCGCCGGAGCGCGAGAUCCGCGUGGUCAGCACCCGGCACGGCGACUACUCGUACGCGGCCUACAGUUCCCGUGUUGCCGCCGGCGACAUCUACGUGGAGCGCCUGAGCGCCGAUGCCGUGGUGCUGCACAUCUCGCGGCUACAGGCUCGCGACCAGGGCCUCUUCGAGUGCUACACGCCCAACACGGACGGCGAGUACCGCGGUUCCUACAACGCCAAGACCAACCUGACAGUGAUCCCCGACACCCUGAGCGUGACUUCGACGGCACAGACGCUCAACAAGGUGGAGGGCGACAGCCUGCAGCUGACCUGCGAUGUGAGCCGGCAGACCCAGCAGCACACCCACCUGUCGGUGGGCUGGUACCUGCGCUCGGAGGCGGGAGCACCCCCCCAGGACCUGCUCACGCUCUCCCGCGACUUCGUGCUGCGCGCCGGCGGGCCCUACAAGCAGCGCUUUGCCUCCGGGGACCUGCGCCUCGACAAGACGGGCAGCACGGCCUACAAGCUCACCGUCCACCGCCUGCAGCCGGCCGACCAGGGCCUGCUGUACUGCGAGGCGGCCGAGUGGAUCCAGGACCCCGACCGCUCAUGGUACGCCAUGACCCGGAAGCAGUCUGAGAAGACCGUGCUCAAGAUCCAGCCUGCAGAGAAGGACUUCAGCAUCCAGGUGAGCACGGAGCGCCGGGCCUACACAGCCGGAGAGCCCCUGGAGCUGCGCUGCAGCAUCGACGCACAGAAUGUCCAGGAGCGCUACUUCUCCGUGUCCUGGGUGUUCAGCAGCUCCCAGGUGGCCGUGGUGGGUCCCAACGCCGUGCCCGUGCUGGUUGGUGACUACGUGCAGCGCGAGGCUACCGGCCAGCUCACCGUACGCAAAGAGAGCCCAUCCGUCUACCUGCUGAAGCUGCAGAGCCUGCGGCCGGAGGACACCGGGAAGUACACCUGCAGGGUGACCGAGAGGGAGCGCACGCUAACCGGGGACUUCAUUGACAGGAGCAAAAGGUCUCGCAACGUGCAGAUCACCGUGCAGCCCCUCCGGAGCAACAUGACCGUCUCCUUGUCCAGUAACUCCACAGAGGUGGAGGAGGGACGGACCAUCCAGCUGACCUGCGAGGCGCACUCGGUCUUGGACAAGGCGACCGGGCUGUCCGUUACAUGGCGGUGGGCGGACGGGAAGGGCGGAGCCAAACAGGACUUGGCUGCGCUGGACGGGGAGGGUGUGGCCAAGCCGGGCCCCGCCUACUCCGAGCGCGCCGCUUACGGGGAGAUCCGAGUGGAGCGAAUCGGGCCGAGCGCCUUCCUGCUGGCCGUCCACAACUCGGUGCCCGGUGACGAAGGCCAGUACGAGUGCGCGGUCUCCGAGUGGGUCCAAGGCACCAACCGCUCCUGGGAGAAGAUGGGGGAGAAAUCAGCCACCAAGUCCAUGAGUGUGAAAGCAGUAGAAUCCUCCUUCUCCGUGUCGGCGUCGUCACGGAAACCCAGCGUCACGUACGGCGACUCGUUCGACCUGCAGUGCAUCGUAAAGCCCCGGCACAACCCGCGCGUGCCCGCCGCCGUCACCUGGCGCUUCAAGUCUUCCGAGGGCGCAGGCGACGCUCCCUUCCAGGACCUGGUGACCUUCUCGCACGACGGGACCCUGCAGUGGAGCAAGGCGUCGCUGGGCAUGGGGGCCAGGACCACGGUGGACCGCACCGGCAACGUCAGCAACUUCCGCCUGAGCAUUAGCCGCGCCGGGCCCGGCGAGUCGGGCACCUACCGCUGCUUGGCCCAGCUCUGGAGGAGAACCUACAACCGCACCUGGGCCAAGGUGGCCGAACGCACCUCGAACCCGCUUGGCAUCAACGUGGUCAAACCAGCGCCGAAGCUACGGCUCCACCAGAGCAACCAGAGCGUGGUGCUGGUGGAGGACGGCCGGGUUCAGAUCAACUGCUCCAUCUUGGCGCAGACGAGCGCGGAGUCGCAGCACACGGUGCUGUGGUUCGCCCGCCGGGGGGCCCCGGACGAGGCGGGGGGGCCGUCCGAAGGGGGGGAGGCUCAGGCCGAGCUCCUGCUCAAGAUCAACCACAACUCGGCGUUCGAGUACGGCGCCUACGCCGAGGAGGAGCGUCUGCAGAGCCGCGUGCAGGCGGAGCGUCUCUCCGCGCAGCUGCACCGUCUCACCCUGCACCGCACCGAAGCCGCCGACUCCGGGACCUACUUCUGCCUCGUGGAGGAGUGGCUGCCCGACCCGAGCGGCGCCUGGUACCUGCUGGCCCGGGAGGCCUCCGGCUUCACCCGCGUGGUGGUGAAGCAGCCAGAGGUCCGCCUGCAGGUGGAGGAGACCGAGUCCAACGUGACGGUCCAGGAGUCCUCGUCCUUCCGCCUCGGCUGCAGCAUCCCGUCGCAGUCCAGCAGGGAGUCCCGCUUCUCCGUGUCCUGGUACGUGGCGAGGGCGGGACGCGACGGCGCCGAGGACUGCGUCUUCUCCAUCGGCCACGACGCCGUCUUCGGCAACGGCAACUGCAGCCCCUCCGAGGCCCCCGGGCCGGACUCGCGGCUGCGGUUCGAGAGGACGACCUCGGACCUCUACAGCCUGACCGUCCAGCAGGCGCGGUCCGGGGACGAGGGCAACUACUCGUGCCUGGUGGAGGAGUGGCUUCUGAACCCUCGCAAGGCCUGGUACCGACUCGCCGCCAGCCGCUCCGGCGUCACCGUGGUUGCCGUGCUCCCCCAAGUGUCCACCCUCAUGUCGGUCGUCUGCUCCAACGAGUCGCUCUUCUACUUCGUCUUCUUCUACCCGUUCCCCAUCUUCGGGCUGCUCCUCAUCGCCGUGCUGCUGGUGCGCUACAAGGCGCGCGGCUCCUCCAAGAGCCAGGAGGGCAAGAACGGCGCCCCCUUGCUGUGGAUCAAGGAGCCGCACCUUAACUACUCCCCGACCUGCCUCGACCCCCCGACCCUCGGCCUUCACCCGGGCUCCGUGGAGUAGCCCCGCCCCCUCGUACGCCUGCAGCCCCGACACCCCUCGCUGAUGGGGGAGGCAGGGGGCAGGAGAGGAAACCGCCGGGAAGGAUUUUCCAGCCGUCUGGCCUGUCCAACCCCGUCUCGCUGUGUCUAAACUGUCCAAGUGUCUGCACGUCUUUGUCACUUCUGUCCUGGGCUGGACUCCCCAGGCCAAACUGCCCCCCAACCAACAAACACUGCCCCCCCCUCCCCGCCCCAGAUCCCCAGGACCUACCCCAGUCAGACUAAGAGCCCCCUUGUUUACUGUUUACCUUCAUGGAUGGAAGAGCAUUUCUCGACCAGCAGAAGGUCCACAGCAGACCACAGGACCGAAACCUGCGCUUACAUGUUGCCAUGGCAACGGUUCCUUGUUUUGGGAAGCUUCCUUUUCAUUUUUCUCCAUUUCCUGUGCAGUUUGUACCAUUCGGACAGUUUGUCUGCAGUGAUGCCCUGCUGUUUACUCUCCACACACAGUCCUUCUUCAGAAUGCUUUCAGCACAGAGCGGGGAAACGAGCGCGAGAACAUUCCGGUAAAAAGGGUCGAUUCCAAAUGCAGAGUUGCUCCGCGGCAGAAACCGCAAGAGAACGGGGUCGAACCCCUCCGUAUGGUCACUCGAACCCUGGCCCCAGGACUGUGAGAAACAUCAGUCUGAGUCUGGAGCCUCGGAAUGAAAGCUGAGGAUGCGGUGGGAAUUCUCGAAAUGACUCUGGCUCCCUGGGAGUUCAGUGACUGAACCCUGGUGUCUGUCGUUUCUGGCAGAACAUUCCGGAGCGGCUAUUCAGGAGAGACUUCAGCAUAUCAUCGGGGUUAAAGCUGCCCUUUCAGACGCAGGGCCUGGUCCGUGUUGCUGCGGUGGCUCAUGGGACACGCAGCCCCGCUCUCGGAAAACACGGUCCUUCACCCCAAAAUGGAUGUGGCGCCGGAAGCACUUCGGAUCGAGAAGACUGAGCGCUUGUCUUUGUCGGCACGGUGCUAAAGGCGAAGGAAUGUUAGAGGGGGACACUGAGAGCCGUGCCCUUGCGUGUGCAGCGACACGUGUGUGGCGCCGUCUUGAAAUACAACCGCAGGUGAGCAGCGGGGAAGAGAAGAGGACGCAGAGCGUUGGGUUGUAGUCGACCGGGACCCGAACGCUGCCAGCAAGGACUGCGGAGGAGCUGUCGGUCUGCCACAGGGCGGCGCCGUUUUAUUUAUUAUUAGAUGUGGGUUUGGACUUUAGUUUUUAUCUGCAGUUGCAGUAGAGCUUCACAUAGUUGUGUGACACUUCCAGACUGUCCAUGUACUGUGAAACAAAACACACACAAACACACACACACGUGUACAGUAUGUCCUCGAUUUAACGACCAGCUGGGGGAGGGGUGUCCAACACCGCCAAAGGUCCAUUAGACCCAAAUGUCCCUAAAAUAGUGUCGAUAUGAAACUAAAAGUCCAUUAAAUUGUGUUUUAAUUCACACCACUUAUAUUUAUAUCAUAAACUACAUAUAUUGAGGACCAUGAAUUGGAAAAUAAUAAUAAACCUGUGCAGCAGCGCUACUGAUGAAGAACAUAUAUACCGACAUAUGAACCAGGCUGUUGCAGUGAAAUAUUCUCAUAUGAAUCGUAGAAUUUUGUCCAUUCACUCCGAAAACCAUUAAAUCGUGGUCCAUUAAUCGAGGAUUUACUGUACUUACUAUAGUGCGGGCGAACAGGUUUACUUUGAUCCGCAGUGAGAAAGUGUCACACGGGACGUCUUGGAAUGGGUGCAGUGGUGGUGUUUUUAGCAGUGUAUUUACAAGUGUGGCGUCCGAUAUGUUUGCGGUCACACUCAGCAGAGCAGCGGUCAUGCAUGUCUUCAGACUGGACCAGUCCGGCCAUUGAGAAGCUGCGGUGAUGUCCUCCUGUGGACACUGCGGUGGACGUCCUGCACCCUCAUGUUCGUCCUUUACAGGUGACGGAAGACCUUCUCAGAGCUCAGCGAUCCAUCCUCUCCUCAAACGUGACUCGGGAAGUUGGUGAAGCCGGACCGACCGCGUGUGGAGUGUGGGCACGACCGCAUCCCAGUCUCACUGUUCGAGACACAGGUGUGUCAGGUGGUCAGGAGAGCAGAACCUCGCUGAGAUCCUGUGCUCACGGACACUUACGGCUCUCCCCCAACGAGGUGUUGUGUGACUAGAAGGAGACCCUUCAGUUGUACCAUCGGACUCCGACCACCCUGUUCAUGAGCCGCUGCCGUCCCAGGACAUCUUACAAGAUCAGCACCGACCCCUGCGGUUCCUUAACCAUCCAGAGAGCUCAAACUGGGGGUUUAGGAAUCGCUCAUUUGGGGGAUGGAGGGAGGUCUUCACACUGCCUUCGUGGUCUUUGGAGGUCUUAAAAGUGCAGUUAGUGUCAUGCUGAUGGUCCAGGUGUGAGAAUGUUCUGGAAAUGCUGAGUACGGCUGCAGCACGUUGUUGCGCCCUACUGCGGUAAUUUUGAAGUAGUCAGUCUGGCCUCCAGUAGAGCGUUGACUUCUUCCUCGGUCCACAUUUACAUGGGGAGCCGUAGCAUCGCGUUCCUGUUCCGGUUGCUGUAAUAAACAGUGUAAAGCAGCAGGUCGACUCCAGACACCGCCCUCUGACUCCAGUCUGGUCCACCUGUGGUCCUGAAACGUGUACCUGGAGAUGGUGAUCAGUGGUGUCACUCAUGGGUUUGUGGACCUUGGAGCAACGCAGUGUCUCAAGCAGCCUGUCCCUUUGGGUGACGCAGCUGUGUAACGAAAUGCACGUCUUACUACGGUAAACUUAAAUGCAUCACGGAACGGCGGGAGAGCAGGGUCCCCUCGGUGCGACUGCACCCAUUGGUUCUGAGUCGUGUCUCUGUCCCACUGUAGGUGCCCGGCGAACUCCUGACAGUGGUACCGCGCUGUACUGCGCUGUACCACGCCAACGUUGGGUGUUUGCUGUACGUGUGAAAGCGUCGUGGUCGUGUUCUCAGUUCUGCAGGAGCCGCUUUCUUAGGUGUUGUGUUUUCUAUUUUUGUUUCGAUGUACUUUGUACAGUGCACUGCGCUCCAAUAAAACGUACAGGAUCACAUCUUCUGCA